CAGAUGUUGCACUUCCGGGUGGAAGGCACCUUUAGUGCUGUCAGAAAAUGGCUGGGCACGGGUUGUGUCUGUGUAAAUUAAUUCGAUUAUUGUGGUCCCUGUUGAUCCCCAGUCUCUUCGCCUGUGUGGUUUUAACAGCGCUGCUGUUUAUUCUGAUCCUGGGAAUUCGAUUAUGGAUGCAACAGAAGAGAAGAGGCAGACAAAAGUCAGAGAAGUCUCCUGUGGUGGCGUUUUUUCAUCCCUAUUGCAGUGCUGGAGGAGGGGGUGAAAGAGUGCUGUGGUGUGCGCUGCGAGCCCUUCAGAAGAGGUAUAAACAUGCAACCUAUGUAGUAUAUACUGGUGACACAGGUGUGACUGGGGAACAGAUCGUGGAGGGGGCUUACAGAAGGUUCAACAUCAAGCUGCCAGGACCAGUCAAGUUUGUUUUCCUUGAAAAGCGCCAGCUUGUGGAAGCCAGUGUUUAUCCUUAUUUCACCCUAUUGGGUCAAAGUCUUGGGUCAAUUGUACUGGGAUGGGAGGCACUCAUAAAGUGUGUUCCUGAUAUCUGCAUAGACUCCAUGGGCUAUGCAUUUACACUGCCACUGUUCAAAUAUCUGGGUGCUUGCCAAGUUGGGAGUUAUGUCCACUACCCUACCAUUAGCAUCGAUAUGCUCUCUGUGGUGCGUGACAGAAAUCCCAGAUUCAACAAUUCUGCAUUCAUAUCCCGGAAUCCUAUUCUUAGCAACUGCAAGCUUCUCUAUUAUUUCAUGUUUGCAUUUUUGUAUGGACUGGUAGGUUCUUGCAGUGAUGUUAUAAUGGUAAAUUCCACAUGGACCCAGAAUCACAUCCUUGCUCUGUGGAGAUGUGGUGCGCGAACGAGCAUCGUGUACCCCCCUUGCGAUGUGCAGACGUUCCUAGACAUUCAAUUGGAGGAAGACGAGAAGAAGAACCACCAUUCCAUUGUUUCCAUUGGCCAGUUCAGGCCAGAAAAGGACCACUCCUUGCAGAUCCGAGCGUUCCGCAAGCUGCUUGAUAAGAAGACUGCUGAGGAGCAGGCGGCUCUGAAGCUCAUUCUGAUUGGCGGCUGCCGUAACCAUGAGGAUGAGGAGCGGGUGACUCUGCUCAAAGACCUGUGUGAGAAACUGGGAGUCGGGGACAAAGUGGAAUUUAAAACCAACAUUCCAUUUGAGGAAUUGAAAAGGCACCUGGCUGAAGCUACUAUUGGGUUGCAUACCAUGUGGAAUGAACAUUUUGGAAUAGGUGUUGUGGAAUGUAUGGCUGCUGGAACGGUUAUCCUGGCUCACAACUCGGGAGGCCCCAAACUGGACAUUGUGGUUCCCUAUGACGGAGGGGUGACUGGAUUUCUGGCCGAUGAUGAAGACAGCUACUCCAAAGCCAUGGACAACAUUCUCUCGUAUUCCCCAGAGAAGAGGCUGGACGUCAGACGAAACGCUCGCCACUCGGUGGGCAGAUUCUCUGACCAAGAGUUUGAGAGGUCUUUCCUGGCUGCCGUGGAACCCCUUAUGUUGACAGAAAACAGAUAACAAGCUAGUAGUCACACUAGUAUGUGUUGAAGUUGACCAUGCUUUCCAUCAUUUUCUUUAUACUAAAGAUGAGGCUGAUGUGCAGGGAACAGAGUGCUCUUUAGAUUAAACAGGUGAAAAUGGCAAUGGGUAAUCCUUUACCCUGUUAAAUACAGCAUUUCUGUUGCAUAUACAGAGCUUGCUGCAUAAGAGUGGGUUGUAAUGGUAUUAUGCAGAUGUCAACAAGCAGGGAGGGGCUUAUUUUUCGUUUUUCUCCAGUUUCUAAGAGGGUACGUGUAAUGGAAGCUUUGUGUCCCUUGGAUAAAAGGCAAGCACUGUAUGUAAUGAGGACUGUAUAUAUUAUAUAAUAGAUGUAAUGUGAUAUUUAAUUGAGUAACAAUCCAAAAAAGCUAAAUAAAAUAUAAUGGGGAUGUU